UCAGACAAUGAUGGAAGAUGUCAGACAAUGAAGGGAAGAUGACAGACAAUGAUGAAGAAGGUAAGAUGUCAGACAAUGAAGGGAAGAUGACAGACAAUGAUGAAGAAGGUAAGAUGUCAGACAAUGAUGAAGAAGGUAAGAUGUCAGACAAUGAUGAAGAAGGUAAGAUGUCAGACAAUGAAGGGAAGAUGACAGACAAUGAUGAAGAAGGGAAAAUAUCAGACAAUGAUGAAGAAGGGAAGAUGUCAGACAAUGAUGAAGAAGGGAAGAUAUCAGACUAUAAAAAGAUGUCAAACAAUGAAGACAAGAUAUCAGACAAUAAAAAGAAGGUAUCAGAAAAUAAAAAAAUAUCAGAACAGCUUGGCUAAAUACCUGUCGUAAAUUCGUCGUCAUAAUCGUCGUUA